AUGCCAACAACAACACGAAGUAAGCACAAAAAAUCAGACGAGGUAGGCACUCAUCAGCCCAAGAAACCUCCGGCAAAGAAGAAGGGCGACAAGCAGGGAAAGGCGCCCGAUAGUGCAGCCUCCACUGCCAACAAGACAAGCACAACAAGAGAAGUACUAUCAGUCCUAUCCACCGCACAACGGCAUCAGAUUCUGCUGGAUAUUGAAAAGCACCCACACCUUCAGUUCAAGCAAUUGUGUAAGCUGUAUCCGGUCUACUAUAAGAAGGGUGACCCACAGCAAGGAGCGUUUCGCAACCGAUUUAACUAUUUGAAUCGGAUCAAGAAAGAGGAUCCACAACAGUACUGGGAGCUCUACGGAAAAGCUGGAAGCAUCGUUGCAGAGUGCAUUUAG